CAUGUCUCAUUCUUCAUCUCGAUCUUCUUCUUCAUCGACAGGAACGUGUAAAUUUCCCAUCUGCCUGAGGGUGUUGCAGAGAUGUUUCGGUUUGGUCGGAUUCGAGAAGGGAUUAUCGCAAGUUUGUCCCUUUCUGAGCUUUUUGAGCAAAUUUGGUCUGGUUUUCUUGAUGGGGUUGUUCAGUCUCGCGGGGUUCUUCAUGCAGUGCUUCUUGAUUAUAACCAGAUUUUGAGAUGGGAAAGAAAGGAAGCAGCUGGUUCUCGUCCGUGAAGAAGGUCUUCAGAUCUUCUCCUCCAAAGGAGUUGCCGGCGAAAAGGAAAGAUGGAGGUGCCGAGAAAUGGCGGAACGAUGCACCGGAGGUGGUGUCGGUCGAGCAUUUCCCGACAGAGAGCUCACCGGACGUCACCAACGAAGGGAGUGCAGGCUCAACCCCCCUGACCGAGGAUAGGAAUCACGCGAUGGCUGUGGCGGUGGCAACCGCCGCGGCCGCGGAAGCUGCCAUUGCGGCAGCUCAGGCGGCGGCGAAGGUGGUUAGGUUGGCUGGCUACGGGCGGCAUUCGAGGGAAGAGAGAGCCGCGACACUCGUUCAGUCCUGUUAUAGAGGCUACCUAGCACGGCGCGCGUUGCGAGCGUUGAAGGGGUUGGUGAGACUACAGGCGCUAGUGAGAGGCCACAACGUGCGCAAGCAAGCCCAGAUGACCAUGCGGUGCAUGCAAGCCUUGGUCCGAGUCCAGGCCAGGGUCCGGGCCUCGCGGCUUCAGCUCUCCUCCGGCACCCCCGUUCACGACGUGGCUGCUGAUGGCAGCGAUGGUAAAAGGCGAGCGCCGUUGGAGGCAGGCCGGAAACCUUAUCAUAGCCCCGUCAUGAAGAGCAAGUACCGCGAGAUGUCACUGGACAACCAGGACGGCAGGCGCGGGAGUUCGGAGAAGAUCAAGGAGAAUUCUUCCAGGAAAAGUGAAGGUGUGAUGAAGAAGGAGCGAGCUCUUGCUUAUGCCAUAAGCUAUCAGCAACAACAACUAAUGCAACCGGAACCAAGCGACAACGACGGAGGACUUUAUGCUAAAGAAAGGGAGCAGGCACAAUGGGGAUGGAACUGGCUCGAGCGUUGGAUGGCAGCACAGCCGUACCACGUCCAGCAAACGGGGAUGCCGGACCACCCUUACAUGGCACUCCCCACCAUCACCAACACCACGACUGUCACCGACGACUUGUCCGAGAAGACAGUGGAAAUGGACAUGGUGAUGCCGGAGAACAUGAACUUGCGCUUUGUCGGUAGGGAACCUGGUGAUGCUAGUAGCCCCUCCUCGGCCCGGCAUCAACGCCAGUCGAGCUCGAACAACGUCCCAAGCUACAUGGUCCCGACUCAGUCUGCCAAGGCCAAGGUGAGGGGUCAAGGUCCGGGUAUGCAGCGGAGUCCAUUAGGGCCUCAGUGGAACCCUUCAACUAAGAAAGGGCAGAGCCCAGAAACGGGCUGUGACUCCUCGAGCUCCGGCGGAGGGACGAUGGCCUACCAAGCACCGAGAAGCCCAGUCGUUAAAGUUAAGGGACAGCCUGGCCAGGCUAGGAGAAUCGCGGGCUACAGCGCUGAGCAUAUGGGCACUGAUGGCUGGACGCUACCUGUUGUUGGGCGCACAUGGAGACAUGAUUUUGGUUGAUUUUGUGGCGUUCUUGCACCUCUGGCUCUGGGUAUCAAGCUGAAUAAUUAUGAUAACGAGCGAAGAAAUUCCUAUUUAUUUAUCUGUCCAUAGACUUCAAAUUUACGGUAAUGUAAAAGUUUAUUGGUUGACGUUAUGAGAUUUUCCUGUUAAAAUAAAAAGGCAAAGUGUCUUUGCUUUCCCAA